GCUGUUGUCCAUACAACGUGGCAGGAGUUGUCACAUGUUUUGAUGCAUUCUUCAGUGUCUCUUCUUCGACGUUAUGUUUAAAAUAUUUACAACAAAUGAAAAAAAAUAUUUCUAAUACAGGAAAGAAAAUCAUAUACUCUGCUACAGAACUCACAAAACGAUAGAGUUGAUACAAUAAUAAGUCGAGGACACAAGGUCGAUCGAAGUAUCGUAGAGGCUUAUAAUGCGUGGAGUGGAGUACGCACGCGGCCAAUUCAUAAAUAGUUUGGUGUCUGUAAAGUGAGUUCAUCUGGAUGGCGCGCUGUAUGGAUAUCCGUUCGGUGAUCAAUGGAUAAUUGGUAUGAUCACGAACAUUGUGUGCAGUGUUAAAGGAAUGUGCUUCCGUGAUGAUCAUGUGUAUAAUUUUCAAUAUACUUGUUUAAAAAUUGCAUUUUAUUUUAAUUGAGGAAUGACGAAUAACAGAAACCAUCAUGAGAUGGAUACUAGGCGUAUGGAUAUGGUUCUGCGUGAUUGAGAUAAAAGCCUUAGACCCUUCAAAACUGUUUGAUUUGGGAACUGAUCUAUUCCGACCGAAUCCUCGCAAUCCAAGAGAAGGUUUCAUUGCAGAUUACACACCCAAAGAUCAAGAGGAAUUUGAUUUCAUAAUAGUUGGAGCGGGCUCGGCAGGAUGCGUUUUAGCAAAUCGAUUAACAGAAAUUGCUAAUUGGAAUGUGCUUCUUAUAGAAGCUGGGGGCAAUGAAAAUUUCUUUACGGAUAUCCCAAUCUUUGCUCCCUUUCUUUCAAUAACUCCUUUGAAUUGGGGUUAUUCAUCAGAACCAGAGAAAAAAGCGUGUAAAGAUUUAAGAGGAAAAGUAUGCUUUCUCCCCAGAGGCAAAAUUCUCGGUGGAAGUAGCGUGCUAAAUUUCCUAAUAUAUCAACGAGGCCACCCAGAGGACUACAAUGACUGGGUCAAAAUGGGAAAUAUAGGUUGGGGUUAUUCAGAGGUGUUGCCAUAUUUUAAAAAGUCCGAAAAUAUAAGAAUUCCUGAAUUAAAGAAUUCGUCAUAUCAUGGACGAGGUGGUUAUUUAGAUAUAGAUUUUGCUCCUUUCAAGUCUCCUCUAGAAAUCCCUUUUAGAAAAGGUGCAGAAGAGCUAGGUUAUAAGUGGAAUGAUCCUAACGGAGAACAAGUUAUUGGUUUUAGUAAACCGCAAGCAACAAUGAGAAAAGGAAGAAGGUGUAGUAGUUCCAAAGCAUUUUUAGAACCAAUUCGCAAGAGGCAAAAUUUAAAAGUAACGAAGUUUUCGACUGUAGAAAGAAUAUUAAUUAAAUCGCAAACCAAAAUUGCGUUUGGGGUGGAGUUUAGGAAAUUUAACAAAAGGCGACAGGUCCGAGCUCGACGGGAGGUGAUAAUGGCCGCGGGCACUAUAGGCUCCGCGCAGCUGCUGAUGCUAUCGGGUAUAGGACCUGCGGACCACCUGAGAGAUAUAGGAGUGGAGCCUAUAUUAGACCUUCCAGUGGGAUAUAACUUACAAGACCACGUAACCUUUUCUGGAAACGCCUUUCUAGUCAAUGAUAGUGAUCUCUCCGUAAGCGAUUUUAAAGCCGCAUCGCCAGCUUCUGCAGCAGCCUACCUGUCGGGUCAAGGCCCACUGACCUUGCCAGGCGGGGCGGCCGGUCUCGCCUUCAGCAGAACCAAGUAUGCUGCUGAUGACCCCGCAACCACUAGGCCUGAUGUGGAACUAGUCUUGGGUAGUGGAUCCAUAGCCGGCGACCUCAUGGGAUCCCUUCGGACUACAAUUGGUAUAACUGAUGACUGGUGGUCCCAUGUUUACUAUAAACUUCCCCUAAAAGCCCGGCAGCAGUCUUUCGCCCUGAACCCUGUGUUGAUCAGACCUCGGAGUGUUGGGAGAAUGAUGCUCAGGAGUGCGCGCUUCGACGAUCACCCGAAGAUACACUUGAACUAUUUUAACGAUCCCCGCGACAUGGGAGUGGUCAUUGAAGGAGUGCGCCUGUCACAGAGAGUAAUAUCAACGAAGGCAUUCCAACGAUACGGCACGCGCCUGCAUGAUACCCCAUUCCGAGGCUGUGAACAUCAUGUAUUCGACUCGGACGAGUAUUGGGAAUGUGCCAUAAUGCAGACUUCUAUAACAUUAGACCACGAGGUUGGUACGUGCAAAAUGGCACCAGAUGGCGACCCGACAGGAGUGGUGUCUCCUCGGCUGCUGGUGCACGGCAUGCGAGGCCUGCGAGUCGCCGACGCGUCCAUCAUGCCGCGCAUCCCGGCUGCGCACACGCAUGCAGCGGUAGUUAUGAUCGCGGAGAAGGCAUCUGACCUCAUUAAAGAAGACUGGGGCAUGCUCGGCACUAAGUAAAUUAAUUACGAGAACAUUGUACCAAAAAAUAAUC